AUGAGAAUAACGGCGCUCCUCGCCAUCUUGGCACUACUACAUAAAGCCAAUGCACAACACAUCAUAUUGGACAUAACACGUCGUGUCUCAUCACAGCCUGGAUCCGCCUUCAGGCGAGCCCAGCGCCUGGCUAGGCGGCGAUCCGGGUCGGUCGAGACCUUCCUGCCGCAAGUGGACCAUGACCAAUACUUGAUCAACUUCACUCUCGGAACGCCGCCGCAGUCGAUGGCCGCCAUACUUGACACAGGUUCGACCGACCUCUUCAUCCCGUCCACAGCUCAUCCAAGAUGCCAGGCCGGCGAGUGCGUCGCCGGCGCUUUUGAUGCUGCCCGGUCCACGACUUAUAACCUGCUCAUCAAGGACGGCUUCAAAACACAGUUUGUUGAUCCUGCGGAUACGGAUAGCGGAGACUGGAUCGAUGAGACGCUUACGAUUGGGGGAUCCAAACCGGUCACCAAGUCUAUACUGGCAGUGUCAAAUACGGGCUUCGAUGCGGUCGGCGUCUUCGGCCUUGGCUACGCUCAAAAUGAAGCCAUUCCGAAUCCGAACGGCAACGGAACGUACCCGACCGUCUUGGAUAACAUGGUAUCACAAGGACUACUUGCUCGCCAAGCAUACUCACUACACCUUGACUCAGUCGAACAGAGCGGCGGGAGCAUUUGCUUCGGCUGCAUCGACGAGUCAAAGUUCACCGGCCGGCUUACGGCACUGCCGCUACAGCCAGGCACUUCGCCUAGGGUCCCCGAAUUCUACAUCACACUGUCAUCCAUAGUGUUGACCGACGCUGCGGGAAAGGAGACGGCGAUCACACCCAAUGGUUUCGCCCAGAGCGCGUUGCUUGACUCUGGGACCUCCAUCACCGGCCUCCCGAACGAUAUCUUCGAGUCAAUGGCCAGGGGACUUGGAGCCGUGGCGGUUGAUGUGAGCGACAAUCAAGAUGGCAGCGAGCUGAUAUAUACUGUGCCCUGCGAGCUCAAGGCCACCAACGCGACACUGACAUACACUUUCGGCGGCACCGACGCGAGCGCUUCCAGGAUUGUCGUGCCGCUCAGUCAGAUUAUUGGAAAUACAGGCCAGGACUUCAACGCAUCCGAAUUCGCCAGUCCCGAGGGCGGCUGUGAUAUGGGCAUGGAGGGCCCAAUAGGCGGUGUCGCGAUACUGGGUGAUACCUUUAUGCGCAGCGCAUACGUGGUAUUUGACCUACCUAACAAAGUGGUCGCCAUGGCUCAAGCAAAAGUAGGCAGCGACGUUUGUGUGGAUAGUCCAGAUGAGGGCGGAGCCAGAAUCAGGGUCAUUCCAGCAGGAGUAGGACUACCGGGUGUCAAUAUCACCGCCACAGCCCCUGGCAAGCAGAUCCCAGCUGCGCUCGCUGAUGCAAAGCCUAACGUACAGCCUGCCACGACGUGCCUGGAUGGCAGGAUACAGCCCGGGAUUCCUAUGUUCAACCUGCUUGGUGCGAACAACACUCUUUGA